AUGUCGGAUUACGAGGAUGACAUGGACGUGGAUAUUCCGUCCAACGACGCGAUCAAGUUCAGCUCCGACAAUCUAAAUCCAAAGGGCAAGAAGGUGGUCGCAGACCUUCCAGUCGAGGCUGAGGAUAAUCUCCCAUGGGUGGAAAAAUACCGACCGAACACACUGGACGAUGUCGCUGGGCAUCAGGAUAUUCUCGCAACGAUCAACAGAUUUGUCGAAUCGAAUCGAUUACCGCACCUCCUUCUUUAUGGCCCGCCGGGAACGGGAAAGACGUCUACAAUCCUUGCGUUGGCGAGGCGCAUCUACGGGAGCAAGAACAUGCGACAGAUGGUUCUGGAGUUGAACGCCAGUGACGACAGAGGCAUAGAGGUCGUCCGAGAGCAGAUCAAGACCUUUGCUAGUACAAAGCAGAUAUUUUCCGUCGCUCCGUCGGCUGGCACCGAUUCUUUGGGAGCGUUCAAACUGAUCAUUCUGGACGAGGCAGAUGCGAUGACUGCCACGGCGCAGAUGGCCCUCCGUCGCAUCAUGGAGAAGUACACGGCCAACACGCGAUUCUGCAUCAUCGCCAACUACACGCACAAGCUCUCACCUGCCCUCUUGUCACGAUGUACACGGUUCCGGUUCAGUCCUUUGAAGGAGGCGGAUAUCCGGUCCCUGAUCGACCAGGUGAUUGAGAAGGAGCACGUACGAAUACAGCCCGAGGCGGUCGACAGUCUCAUCAAACUCAGCAAGGGUGACAUGCGACGGGCGUUGAAUGUGCUGCAAGCUUGUCAUGCAAGCAGUAUGCCGCUUCCUAUGCGAGAUGCACCGAAGGACCAACCGCCUCCUGAGCACGAAGUCAUUACGAAUGAAACGAUCUACAACUGUGUCGCAGCGCCCCAUCCUUCCGACAUUCGAGAGAUCAUGACCACUCUCCUUACCACCAGCGACGUCACGUCGUGCCUCAACACCAUCAACACGCUGAAAGCCAACAAAGGACUGGCUCUGGCCGAUAUCUUGAGCGCAUUAAGCGAGGAGCUGCAACGGCUCGAGGUUCCCGCCCAGACAAGGAUCACCUGGCUCGAAGGGCUGGCGGAGGUGGAAUGGCGGUUAUCCGGCGGUGGGAGCGAGGCCGUUCAAACGGGGGGGGUUGGUAGGAGUUGUUCGAAAUGGAUGUGA